AUGACGUCGUCCAACGACACAAGCACCGAGGCGCAGAAGCCCAAGAAGCAGCUUCUCCUAAAUGCCUUCGUGAUGACAACCCCGGGGCACCUGUCGCCGGGACUGUGGCAUCACCCACGCAAUAAGACUGACGAUUACAACAAGCUCAAAUUCUGGACGUCGCUAGCACAGCUUUUGGAUGAAGGCGGAUUCCACGCUAUGUUCAUCGCGGACACGUUAGGAGCUUACGAUGUGUACAAGGGACCGGCAAACGUCGAACCCGUGCUCAACUCAGGCGCGCAGUUCCCCGUCAACGACCCGCUAUACACGGUGCCGGCCAUGGCAGCGGCGACUAAAAAUCUGAUCUUCGGAGUUACUGCCUCGACGACUUACGACGCGCCGUAUGCUCUUGCGAGGCGAUUCUCUACUGUGGACCAUCUAGCUGAAGGGCGGGUGGCGUGGAAUAUUGUCACGUCGUACCUUGAAAGCGCGGCCAGAAACUUCGGCUUGGAAACCCAGAUCGAGCAUGAUGAGCGUUACCGAAUUGCGGACGAGUAUAUGGAUGUAGUUUACAAGCUAUGGGAAAGCAGUUGGAGGGACGAUGCCGUGGUCCGAGACCGCGAGAAGGGCCAAUUCGCAGUAGCCGGGCGAGUGCGUCCAAUCGGCCAUCAGGGGAAGUACUUCAAAGUGCCGGGUCCCCACAUUUCGGAGCCGUCUCCUCAGCGAACGCCAUUCUUGUUUCAGGCAGGCACGUCCAAGGCCGGAACCGAAUUCGGCGCGAAGCACGCUGAAGCUGUUUUCAUGGGAGGCCAACUGCCGGAGCUAGUCCGGAAGUCAGUUGAUGCGCUUCGGUCAACAGCCAAGCAAUUUGGUAGGGAUCCGAGCCACAUCAAAGUCUUCACGGGGGUCACGAUAAUCGUAGAUGAGACGGACGAGAAAGCGCAGGCUAAGUACAAGGAAUUGCUCUCGUACGGAGAUCGAGAAGGCGCGCUUGCGCUGUUUGGCGGUUGGACGGGGAAUGACCUCUCGUCGUUCUCGGAUGACGAGGAUCUGAUCCUGGUCGAUAAACCCGCGAUCCGAUCUCUAAUCCACCGUUGGUCGAGCACGGUCCCCGGCACAGAAGGAUUGAAGUGGACGAAGGCUCGAAUUGUCGAGUUCUUAUCGAUAGGUGGCAUGAUGCCUAAGAUUAUCGGCAGUCCCAAGACGGUUGUCGACGAACUCGAGAGAUGGGCCGAGGAGGCAGACGUCGACGGCUUCAACCUCGCGCAUGUAGUUAACCCUGGCUCCUUCGAGGAUAUUAUCGAGUUUGUGAUCCCCGAAUUACGAAGGAGGGGAUUGCUUGGAACCGAGGCUGAGCGAGAAGGAGCUACGGCACGGGAAGUCUUCCUCGGACAGCCGCAUCUUCUAAGCGACCACCCGGGUCACUCAUAUAAAUGGCCGAUAUCUUAA